GAAAUGCAACUCUCAAUGGGUAAACGGUAAGCAUCUUUAUUGUCAGAAUAUGUCGUUUUUCAGAUGGUUUCUUUGGAUAUAAUGUGGAUAAAAUGAUACCAUGCCAAUUGGCAUGGUCUAUUUAUCCAUAAAUCACCAUGCCAAUCACCAUAAAUCACCAUAAAUCACCAUGCCAAUCACCAUGCCAAUCACCAUGCCAAUCACCAUGCUAACCACCAUGUUGGCAGUCUAUCUCAUAGAUUGGCAUGGUCUAUCCAUGCCAAUCACCAUGCUAUCCUGACCCACGGAGGUCCCUGGCAGCCGAUGCUGAUGUGGUGGUGGCCUUUUCGCAGGGCGGCACCAUGCUGGCCAUCUACAUGGAUGAGAUGCGCAAGGCCCUUCGUCCGGUCCAGUGGCGCCUGGGCGUCUUCUUCUGCGGGGCGAUGAUCGACGACGAGGACUUCCAGCUCUUGGACAAGCUGCCGCUGCCAGCCCUGUACAUCCACGGCGGCGAUACCGACCCUUGGGGACGGCAUGGUGAGAAGAUGUUGCCCAAGAUGUAUACCGAGCUGGAGAUGUUGGAACACUCAGAUGGCCACAGCUUCCCCAGCGCUCAGCCACGUGCUGGGGAGAUCUAUCAACGUGUGAUAUGCCGAAUGCGCCACGCCACGAAGACACUGGCUGGGUGCCAACGUAAUGGCAGUGCCAGUGCGUGAUGUCACUUUGAAAGGGGGAAAGACUUUCAUAUGAGAUGAUCGUACUGUAGAUUUUAUCAUAUAUUUAUAUAGUUUAUAUAUGCUGCACACAUGUUGG